AUGUCGUCCUCAAAGACAUAUCAGUGUCUAUCAUGUCGCAUCAAAUCAGUCGUAUCGCAGACCGUCCCCAAUGCGCGCCGCAGCUUCCACACGACUCCCGCAAACCAACUACGAAAACGACCCAAUCGCAAAUACCCCAACAUCAAGGCCGAAGACAUGGGCGUGUCGGAAGCGCGUCAAACUGAAGUCGACUCUCUGGCAUCUCACCUGAAACCGUAUACCGAGCGAGAGAAGAGGUUGCUGGCGAGGAAGUACACCCCUGAGCAGAUGAAGGCCAUUGAAGAGGGAGAAAAGGCCAUCGACCCGACGGAUAUGAUGACCCAGGGCCGCUUCAGGACAGACCCCAUGCGAAUCGACUACAUCGAUGACUUUGCGACACAGCGCCCCGGUUUGGACCGUCUCCCAUCGACAGGCGCGCCUUUGGAGGAAGGCUUCCAGCCCUUAGUCGACGCAAUGGGAGGGAGCCGGCCACAGUCGUCAAAGAGUGGGAGUAAGCAAGAUCAGGAAGAGGAAGAUCCUCGAUUGUUGCGACUUUCACAACAAACUGGCCUCACCAAAGAGGCAAUUCGCAAGAUCAGAGUCAAAAACCUAGUCUCUCAUCGUGUGGUGAACCAGACACGAAUGGGCAAGAUUCAGUCGCUCUACUUUUUAACUAUUGCUGGCAACCAGGAUGGCAUGCUUGGUAUUGGAGAGGGCAAAGCUGCGGAAGACGAGGACGGCAGACGGCAGGCGAUGAUGAACGCCAUUAGGAAUAUGAAGCCCAUUCCCAGGUAUGAGGAGCGGACAAUCUUUGGCGAAGUGGAAGGAAAGGUCGGAGCUUCUAUUGUGAAGCUAAGUUCGAGACCGCCUGGCUUUGGCAAUCGCUGCCAGCAUCUCAUCUUCGAACUCGCCCGUGCUGCUGGAAUCUCAGACCUUGCUGCUCGAACGCCUCGCUCUCGCAACAAGAUGAACGUCGUCAAGGCCGCUUUCCAAGCUCUUACCAACCAACGCCUUCCCGAAGAGAUUGCACGCGCCAGAGGCCGGAAGAUGGUCGACGUUCGUGGCGUGUACUAUGGAGGACUUGUGCAUUAA